AUGGAAGCAAUGCAGUUGCUUGCCGCCGUUCUCGCCGUGCUCGCUUUAUUCCUCGCCGCUUACUGGCGACCCCGCAGCAGGUAUGUCCACACUACCAGACCAAUGCCUGUAAUAAUUGAAGUAGGAGACCCCGACGUCGCCCGGGCCCUGAUGUUCGACCACGCCGACUUCUUCUCCAACCACCCCGACGCCGCCCUCGGCAUCGACUUUGACGCCGGCCAGCCGAAGACCGAAAGCAUCACCUUUGCACCCUACGGCACGCUCUGGAGCGCACUCCGGCGCAACCUCACCGUUAACAUCCUGCACCCCUCGCGCCUCGGCCACCACGUGGAGCCGAUCCAGCGGGACGCCGCGGAGGCCCUCGUCGCCGAUCUCUCCACCCGGGUGGUCGGCGCCGGCGAGGAGGUGGCCAUUCGCGAGCGCGUGUACGCCGCGGUGUUCGGGACGAUGGCGCGCCUGUGCUUCGGCGACGGCGUCGGCGAGCGCGACGUCGCCGUCAUGCGGCGCACGCUGCACGACUUCUUCCACUCCAACGUGGACAUCAAGCUCCUAGCGAGGUCCAGGCUGGCGAGGCUGGUGCGCUGGCGGCAGUGGAGGUACAUCAUCGGCAUGCGCCGCCGGCUGGCCGAGGUCUUCGGCCCCGUCGUGGAGGCACGGAGGCGGCAGUCUCGGCGCAGCGACGGCGGCGGUGGGAGCUUCUCGUCGUACCUCGAUUCUCUAAUCGACCUUCGCGUCCCCAACGACAGCGACGAUUCCGAGACCGGCGGCGGCUUGGGCCUCGGCGCCCGGCGCAUCCUCAGGGACGACGAGGUGGUGAGGCUCGUCUGGGAGUUCCUGGGGUCCAGCACCCAGUCCGUGGUGUCGUGCAUCGAGUGGACGCUCGCCCGCCUCGUCACCGAGCCGGAGGUCCAGAAGAAGCUAUACCACGAGCUCAUUGCCGCCGGCGAUCACCGUAAAGGCCAGGUCUCCGACGAGCGCCUCCAGGAAUUGCCGUACCUGCGCGCCGUCAUUCUCGAGAGCCUCCGGCUGCACCCGCCACUGCCAACCAUCCUGCGCGAGGUCGGGCCAGAGGGCGCUGCGGCCGCCGGAGCGCCACCGCCGCCGCCUGACGGCACGCCGGUGCGGUUCCUGUUCAAUGCAGGACAGAUCGGGAGGGACCGGAAGACGUGGACGGAGGACCCUGACGAGUUCAAGCCGGAGCGGUUCCUCGCCGGCGGCGAAGGGGAGGACGUGAGCCCCUUGCCGGGGCCUAAGAAGAUCAAGAUGAUGCCGUUCGGAGCCGGGCGGCGGCACUGCCCUGGCGCGGGGCUGUCCAUGAUUCACGUCGGGUGCUUCGUCGCCGCGCUGGUGCGCGAGUUCGAGUGGGCGCCGCCGGCUGAUGGCGGUGGCGGCGUUGAUCUCACUGGGACCAAUACGUUGUUCGUGAGGAUGAUGGCGCCGCCGCUGAGAGCGCGAAUAACACCACGCACGUCUCGCUGA